AUGAAUUUUCUUCAAAAACUAAUAUUUUUGCUGUUUUUACAUUGCAUACAAGCAUCAUUAAAUACACCAUGCAUUUUGAGACAGAAUAAAAUUAAAUCAAUUUUGAGAGGAAAAUAUUAAAACUUAUUAUCUAUUCAAAGUAAUGCUUUACUCUCUACAGCAAGAUUAAACUAUUUUGCAGGUGGUUUCCAUAAUAGUAUCCCUACUAGAGAUGCAAUUUAUAUGGUAAAUUGGUCAGUUGGUUUUACAUUUUGUGCAUUAAAUUAAUCUAUAGAAUUUAGAACAAUUUAAUCUUAUUAAAUAAACACAGUUUUUUUAAGAUUGUGGGAUGGUUCUAAUAGAACAUAUAAUUUUUAAGUUUUUAUAAGUUAUAAUGGAGUUGAAAAACUAAUUUAUGAUAGCAUAACAGCUUCAGGAAAUAUAAAUUUAAAGUUCUAAGAUUAAUAUGUUGAUAAAAUUCGAUUUUAUAAUAGAGGAGGAAAUACUGAAAAUGUUUACUUAAUUUUAAUUAAGGUGGAAGCUAUUUAUAAAUUUUGA